GAGGGGACACCGAAGGGUCUCAGUCUAGUGAAAGUACUCGUUGGGGACACAACUGUCACUUUCCGCCGGAACAGCAGCGCUAUGGAUAAACUUCAAGAUUGCUCCUGAUAUUGGAUUUUGAAAUCGGCUUACACUAAAUCCUCUGACAGCAAUUAUUAUGUCAGUGCUACUUCUGCUGCUGGGUCUACUAGCGGUGGUAGUCAGUAAUCCACCUCUCCCCUUGCCUCACCCUCAUCUACCGCCCCCACCUCCACCCCCACACUGUCUGGAGUACGGGGGCUGCAGACGACACCACCACGCACCCUUCGUCCCCGCGCCUCCGGGCAAGACACCCUCCUGUGCUAAACAUGGGGAGACGUUCUGCGAGAAGAUCGACCGCUACCCUACACACCUGAUUCGAUAUUUAAUUGAUCAUUGGGUGUACGACUACAGGACUUUGCUGAGCGAUGAAUCAAGAAGUGACCCACCCAACAUGAAAAAGACUGUAAAGCCUUCUUAUGGACCACCUCCCCAGCAGCCCCCCUAUGGGGGAUUUCCGUACCCUCCAGCAAUCUAUCCACCCUCACAUCCCUUGGGGGGAAACUCAGUGAACUACACUCAGGAAGGAUACCCUGAUCGACACUACCCACUCUCAUCUCUUCCAUUAUUCAACAAUGACCCGGACCUCGCUUACUCGGGUUUGCUGACACCUGAUGUUACUCCAUAUGAUCCUUCGCACUGGUGGAAGAGGUACAGCAGGUCGGAUGAAGGUCAGACCCGGUCCAAGAGACAACUUCCGGGUCAGGACACCCAGUUGUGUCCGACCCGAUCACAGUUUGUCAGUCCCAAAGCCGCACUCAAUGGACAAGGCAACUGGAUGUUCAUCGUCAACCUGGACCAGGAUCAAAACCGGUUCACUCAGCAAGUGCGAGCUGAGGUUUGCAUAUCCAACCAGUGCCAAGGUAUCUGUACACUGCCCAACGGAUACACAUCUCGCUGUCAACAGCAGUACGUACAGAAGCGCCUCAUCGCUCUAGAAGGCAGUGGAAACCAGCUGUACACAGACACCUUCUGGCUUCCUCACUGUUGUAUCUGUCAGAUAACACCUUCCAACAAUGGAUGACAAAACAAAGUUAGGGUAAUUCUCGCCUUAGGAACUUUUAGACAUUUUACAUGUUUAGGCCUACUGGUAACAUAAUACUUGGAUCAGUAUUUGUUACACUUUUUCUAUUCAGUCUACUUUACUAGUUAUUCAAUGCUUGUUCAAAAUAUAAUUGUUGGUUCAAUUUUUAAAUUGAUAUAAAUAUUUUACGAUUUCUUAUGAAAAAUAAUAAACUCUUUGAAUUGAGAAGAUUAUGUUUCAACAUGAACAAAAAAUUGAAAAAUGUAGACUGCUAAAGAUGGUUAAUAUAUUUUGCUUAUCUGACAAGGCCAAAUUGAGCAUACCAAUGCUGUUUCGGUGAAUAUGUAUGUUUAUCAAGAGUCUUUGAGGCCAAGUGGGAAAACCGUAAAUAAAACUUUGUUUGGAGUUUUAAAAAUUAGUCAUCUCUUCAUAAAAGCUAAUAGAGAUCUAUUUUUUUAAGUAGACCCUUUAUCUAGUUCCUUAAUCUGCGUUAAUAAAAACCCGCAAACAAUAUUGUGCUGCAUAAUAUUCUUACAUUGAGGAUAGUUUUGUUUCAUUGUUUAAAUUAGCUGUUAAAAUUUUAUUUACAACGAGGAAGACACAUGCAUAAAUUGUGCAUUUUAAUUUUGUUCAAAGCUGGUUUCCAAGGCGACCGAGGCAAAACUAAUAAUACAAUACCCUUUCAAUUUUCAAAGAUUAUGUGGUUUACUGUAAGAGAGUCAUUAGGUGAUUGAAACUAAAUUUACAAUAAAUUUGCACAUAUAAACCUUUAUGACAAAAGUAGGUCUGUAUUACCGAACUCAAGAAAUAAAUUAAACGUUAGGAGGGCGAAGGCCUAAGGGAAAUUACCUUUUAAUUACCAUUCCCAGGUGCGCUAGGUCAUAAGCUUUAAAAUGACAUCUUAAUCGUAAAAAUCGGUUAAGUAGGACAGCUGGAAAAUGGAUGUAACAGGGAAACCCUUAUUGUAUUGAGUGUUUUGAAUGUACUGUGCCGUGCAUGAGUUUUCUUUUAAACUAAACUGCAUGAAAAUGGUCUGUUGAAAGUCGAUGCAACAGUGAUGCUAGUUUUCUAUUAAACUUAAAAUGGAUUAGAAAACAGAUGUUGCAUAUAAUUUACUAAACCAGAUACUCUAAAAAUAGAUUGCAAUCCUUCCUCGAGAUUAAAAGUAUAAAAAAUGUACACAAUUAAUAAAAUGAUUUCUGAAUCUACGUUUUUAACCAAAUAUAUUUUCACCUUGGCACAUAUGAUUUUUAAGGAUGUACAACAAUAGUUAAUAGUUUUAAUAAUACCUACCUAUUUUCAACUUGAUUACUGAACUUAAGAAGGUUUCUUGUAUAUUUGUGGAUAAGGUAUUUAUUUUUUUAUUUAACAUAGGUUUAAAUAUAUGUAUUUUUGUAAAAGCUUUUUUGCUCUGCUUUGUGAAUAAACACAAAAUAACAAUAUUAAAUUUAUUUUUAUGUUGUGCAACAAGUAUAAAUUUAAUAAUUUAAAUAAGUUUUAUUUUGUUGUCCAAACAGCGAAGAGGUUGUACAUUAUACAUGAUCUGUAUUAAGGUAAGAUAUUAGAUAUUAUGUAUGUAAAUAAUAGAUUAAUACAAAUCUUUCGUUAUUAUAAUUGGAUCAAACAAUUAGAAUAACUUUAAAAUCUAUGUAUAAUUUAUGUAAUCUAUAUAUUGUUGUCCCAUAAUGUUUAUUGGUGGUUGGUUAACAAAUUGUAACUAAGAAUCAAAUUUUCAAAAUUUAAGAGUGUUCAAAGAAAAAAAAUGUUUAAAUGUAAAUGCAAGUUUGAUUUUGAAAAAUUAAAGAACAAUCAAUUGUGCCAUGUGUUUAAAGAAAAUCAAACACUUUACAUUAGUUAUCCCUUAGUUAACUUAACUUAUGCUUUAUUAAACUAGUGCUACUAACAGGUAAAUAACAAUAGCAUAAAACAUUAAUUACAUAAUGUAAUCCAAUAAGCAAUCAAAAUAAAUAAAUGUUAAUUUAUAAAUUCUCAUGUACACGAGUCAUUGAUUUGUUUAGAUUUGUUCAAUGUUUUGUUAACAUGCUAUGUACUAACUACAAUAGACCAUAUUUUGUACACUAACUUAAAUUACAGUGCCAAUGAUUUAUUUUAGUUGAAUGCAUAACUAUACACUAACACCAAGUUAUCUAAUAACACACUAAAAUACUUUAGUUAUAAAUUUCUAAAAUAUAGAAUUUGUAGUUAUAAGAUAGAAAUUAAGUUUAAUCUGUGAUCUGAGUAGAAGAAUAAAUAAAGUUUGUAUUUAGUAUUAUAGGAUAAAAUGUACAUUUUUUGUAUUUGAGUUGUAUAAUA